AUGAUACGAUUUGUAUUGGUACAGAAUAGGCAAGGAAAGACGCGUCUAUCCAAGUGGUAUGUACCAUACAAUGCAGCUCAGAAGAAUAAGGUGGAGGGGGAGAUUCACCGGGCUGUGGUAUCUAGGGAUAGUCGGUCAACCAACUUCCUGGAGUACCGCAGCUUCAAGGUUAUCUAUCGUCGAUAUGCUGGUCUAUUCUUCAGUUUCUGUGUAGAUGUCAACGAUAAUGAGAUGUGCGUAUUAGAGCUCAUUCAUCUAUUCGUGGAGGUGUUGGAUGGCUACUUUGGCAAUGUAUGCGAACUAGAUCUGGUAUUCCAUUUCGAUAAGGUGUAUCACAUACUGGACGAGUUAUUACUAGAUGGUGAGAUAGAGGAUACUAGCUCUGCAGUGAUACUAGAAAAGCUUCGACAGUCCGAUAAGCUAGAUUAA